AUGGGAUUGGAGAACACAGAAUUGCCGUCAUCGGUGCUUGGCGUGUCGGAACGGAUCCGGUCAAUGAUCAUGGAGAACUCCGAAUUGGGGUCUCGGCUAGUGUCGCUGUUGCUGGUAAACAGUGGAAAUGCCGCAGAGAUCAUCGAGUCCAUCAAUAAAGGAGGUGCUUCAAAUGUGAGGUCCAAGAGCAAACACAAGAGCAAUGAGGUUAAACCAGUAGUAGCGGGUGCCCAGUCCGACCGAGAUUAUACAUACAAGAAUACCACAGAAGACGCUAGAGUAUCGGGUGACGAUGACGAGGAUGCUGUUGUAACUACUUCCUCGCAGUGGGACAACAGGGCUAUUACCACAACUGGUGGCCACAGCAGUGCAAACAGUGAAGACGAAGUCGAGGACAACGAGAGCCUUUUACUGAAAGCUUUAGAGAAGCGUCGCAAGAACUCAGAGGCCUCGGCGCGUUUCAGGAUAAGGAAGAAACAGCGUCGUAUGGAGAAUCUCGAGAAACUGGCACAAUUAAACUCACACAUAGAUGACUUGAACAAGAAGAUUGAUGGUCUGUUGCAGGAAAAUAGACAUUGGAAAUCUAAAUUGGAAGAGAUCAAUGAGCAGAAAUCAAAGCAGUUGCUUGAACAGAUCAAAAAAAAAAACGGAAUUCUUCUGUGA